CCAAAUUUCACUGCAGAUUUGGUUCCGCUACGUUGCCGAGUUGUGGCUCGAAUAAAAAAUCAGCCUUGGAAUGAAGAUCUUACCUCACCAGAAACAGAUCCAUACAGAUCAAUGAAGAAUUACAUCAUAAGCAAUGUCACCAGGUUUUAUGAGGGAGUCCGGGUUUCUAUUAACGUAAACGAAUUUAGGAACGGUAGCGUGAUUGUAGAUUUCACCAUCGUUUAUAACGUUAGCGACUACAGAUGGAUUGAAAAACUUAAACAGAGCAUAUCAUCCACGGGUCUUCUGUACAACAUGCCUCUGGAGCUGGAAGAACUUACAGCUGAAAACGUUCCAGAAGUUGCCCCUACAAAUGUAAGCGUGUUUCUUGUGGAAGAUACAAGAAUUCAUAUCAGAUGGAACAAUCUUAGCCUCCCACCGAGUAUUUCCGCCAUAUUCCAGGGCUAUAAGGUUUUCAUCAGACCAGCGGGAAGCGCAGACGUCAUAGUUACCACCGUAAAUGACCUCGUUAACUUCGUUACUAUAGAAGGACUAGAACCAUUGGUAACGUAUAACCUAACUGUGGCUGGAUACACACAGAGUGGAGUUGGAAGGGAAAGCGAGAGUCUUUCUGUAACCACCACUUUAGACGAUCCGCCUGAAAAUGUAUCAGUAGAACUAGGGAAGUCAAAUUGUGUUCACGUUCAGUGGGGCGGCCUUUCACCUGAGAAAUUUGCUGCAUUUGAUGGCUAUCGUGUGUUCUAUGCCUUGUUCAGGCACCCAAAGUUUUCUUUGAACAAGACAGUAAAUGCAUCGACACAUUGGGUGGAGAUCUGUAAUCUUGAAUCGUCAAUGAAGUAUAAGUUUUAUGUGCAACGCAUCUUACGAACAGAUAUGGGGAAUGCGAGUGACGUUAAAUACUUCACGACAGAGGGGCUGAUACGCUUUCCACCGACCAAUGUGGUAUGCUGCAAUACCAGUUCCACUUCUAUCAAGGUAAAGUGGGAGCCACCGUCUGUCGAAGGCAACAGCCUCGAAAUUAUUGGUUACGAGUUACAUUUCAGGCCUCGCGGCGGUGCAUCUAAGCUGUGGAGCAUCUUUCAGACAUGCAAAAGUAUCUUGAAUGCCACUUUAAAACCAUUGAAGAAAUUUAUGGAAUACGACAUCAGGGUGACUACCUUCAACACAAAUGGGCCCGGAAAUUUUAGCAAAAUUGUAAGGUGCUUUACGGAUGAGGACGUUCCACUUGGUGGCCCUGUUAACAUUUCAGCUCAAAACACAAGCUCUACAAGUAUAAAAAUCAGUUGGAAACCAGUCUCCGAAACUUUAUGUCUUGAAAUAAUCAACAAAUAUGUAUUCAAAAUAAGGAACUUGUUAACAGGUUACCUGAGAAUGAUAGAAUUUGAUGGAUCAAGCUUGAGCGGUGAAGUAAGAAAUUUGUCCAAGUUUCAAGAAUACAACAUCCAAGGAGCUGCAGUUAACAGUAAAGGCCAAUCAAAUUUCACGAAUGCGAUAACAUGUCGCACGAGCGAAGAUGCCCCAGACAUCCCACCGGCAAACGUGACCGGGUACAACAUAAGUUCUACGUCAAUUGCAGUCGAGUUCCAAAUCUACUCUGCUGAGCAACACAACGGAAUCAUCCGUCAUUACGUCUUAAAGAUUUUUAAAGCCAAUGCAGUAAAUUCUACCGUGCAGACAGAGUUCUUUCCCAUUCACACAAAGAGAAAACGAAGAGAAGUCUCCAACACUACUUAUAGUGUCAGGGUAACGCUGGAGGAUUUGGAAGAGUACACCAUGUAUUCUAUGCAAGCAGCCUUUUUUACUAUCAAAAAAGGACCAUAUAGCGCUGUUUUCAAUGUCUCUACGGACGAAGGAGGUAUGAUUAACUAUGAUGAAAAUGUGCAGUAG